AUGAGAAAAUUAGGAAUUAGUUUAAAUAAUGAUGAAAUUAAACAUAUGAUGCAAGCUGCUGCUAAUGCUACUUUUAUGGAUGAAAAAGCAAAUGAUGGACGUCUAUCAAGACAAUCGAAUACUGAUCAACAACAACAACAUGAUUGGCAAACCAAUAAAAUUGAUUUCAAUCAAUUUAAAGCUAUAUGUAAUAUUAAAGAUACACAAUCAUCAUCAUCAUCAUCAUCAUCAUCAUCAAAAUGGAAACGGAUGUUUAAUCAUCAUGAUGAUAUUAGUAAAACUGAUGUUACUUUAAUCGAUAAUAAUAAUAAUAAUAAUGAUCAUUGGACUAUAAUCGAUAAUUUAACAACAUCAACAACAACAACAAUAUUUAGUGAUUUUAAUGAAACAACAUUAUCAAUCAAUGAUUUUAAUUCAGAUUGGUGGAAUGUAUGGACAAGUAAACCAUUUCCAAGUGGCUAUACACAAUUAUCAAUUGUAUUAUUGGCCUUUUUUUUAACUUGUAUUAUAAUAUUAGUUGUUGUUGGUAAUUUACUUGUUUGUAUUGCAAUUGCAACUGAAAAAGCAUUAAAACCAGUACAAAAUUGGUUUAUUGCAUCAUUGGCUGUAUCUGAUUUACUUAUUGGAUUGGUUAUAAUGCCUUUUUCAUUAGCAAGAGAAUUAAUGGGUUAUUGGAUGUUUGGUCAGGUUUGGUGUGAUAUACAUGCUGCAUUAGAUGUUUUACUUUGUACAGCAAGUAUCAAUAGCCUUUUUCUUAUCAGUUUGGAUCGUUAUUGGAGUAUAACACAAGCUGUUAAAUAUCUUAAAAAACGUACACCAUCAAGAGCUGCAAUGAUGAUUGCAUUUGUAUGGAUAUUUUCUGCAUUUGUUUCAUUACCACCUUUAGUUGGUUGGAAAAAAGCUGAACAAUCAAGUGAAUAUCCACAAUGUAAUUUAAGUGAUGAUAUUGGUUAUGUACUUUAUAGUUCAAUCGGUUCAUUCUAUUUUCCUGCCUUGAUGAUGGUUUUUGUUUAUGCCAAAAUAUUUAUUGCUGCACGUAGUCGAGCAAGAAAACAUAUAGCUAAAAAACGUUUUAAAAUACCAACAACCAUAUCAACAACAGCAAAUGAAACAAUGAAAGAAAAAUCAACAACAACAACAUUAUGUACAAGUUUUAGUAAUCCAAGUCCACCCGAUAAUAUUAUUAAUAACAACAACAACAACAACAAUGAUAAGAAUAACAACAACAACAACAACAACAAUGAACAUCAUCAUUGUCAACAACAUCAUCAUCAUCAUCAUUAUCAUCAUCAUCGUAAUGAUGUUGAUGAUGAUGUUAUCGAUGAUGAUGAUGAAGAUGAUGAAGAUCAUAAUAUGGACAUCAAAAAUGGUGUUACGGAUGUUUGUGUUGACGAUGUUGUUGUUGAUAAUGAAGAUGAUGAUGAUGAUGAUGAACAACAAACUGUAAAAAUGAAUUUAAUACCAACAUCAUCAUCAGAAACAAAUGAAAUUCGUUCACAAAUUAGAUUUGAAUCAGAUAAUUAUAAACAACAACAACAACAACAGUCAAAAAAGAAUAAUAAUUCUAUCAUUGAUAAUGAAUGGAAUGUUGGUUGCGAUAUUCGUGGUAGUGGUGGUGGUGGUGGUAAUAUAAUGAUGAAAACAACAACAACAACAGCAUUACCACCACAAAUUAUAAUUGAAACAUCAUCAGAAUCUCGUAGGCAAUCAUGGAAUAUAAUAUCUACUAGUGAAAUUAUUUCUACAUUAAAUACAACAACAACAAAUAAUAAUAAUCAAACAACAACAUCAUCUCCCAACGGAAACAAUGAUGAUCAUGGAAACAAACAACAACAACAACAACAACAAAGGAUAAUUAUUGAUGAAACUAAUAAUGAAUGUAGUGGUCGAAUUAGUAAAAAUUAUAAUUUAAAUGAUGAUUCUGCUGAUAAUAAUAGUAAUAAUGAUCAUCAUUCGUAUCAUCAACCAUCACCAACAACAAAAUUGACAUACUUUUCAAAAGUUAAAACUUUUAAAUUACUAAAACCAAAAACAAAAAAGAUCAAUGGUCUUAGUAAAAACAGUAAUAAUAAUAGCAUAUCAACAACAAAAUCAAAUGGUACUAUUGAUGAUGAUUCAGAUACGGCUGAUUCACCAACAAAUAAAGAUGCAAGCUGUGAAUCAAAAAGUUUUCUAAGUGCACCAAAAUUAUUACGAUCACGAUUUGGUUCAACAUUAAGUAUUGCUGAUUAUGAAGAUUCUGAUACUAUUGUUGAUGAUGAUCAUAAUCAUCAUCAUAAUCAAAAUAAUAAUAAUAAGAAAAAUAAACGUAAUAAUCGUGUACAAUAUCAAGAUCAACCAUCAAUUCAUUUACCAAGUGAUGCUGAACGUCAUAAAAGAAAAAUAGCAAAAGCACGUGAACGUAGAGCAACAUUGAUUGUUGGUUUAAUAAUGGCCGCAUUCAUUACCGCUUGGUUGCCUUUUUUUGUGCUUUAUGUUCUUGUAGCCUUAUGUCAAAAUUGUAAAGAAAAUAUACCAGAAGGUGUAUUUGCUGUUGCAUUUUGGCUUGGUUAUGGUAAUUCAGCCGCAAAUCCCAUUAUUUAUACCAUCUUUAAUCGUGACUAUCGAAAAGCCUUUCGUAAAAUUCUUUUUAAACGUUGAUCUUUUUUGUAAUCUUUUUCUUCUGGUUCUCAUUCUUACAAAUGUUGUCAAUUUAUCGAUUAUGGAAUGAGAGAAAAGUUCAUCAAUUUUCGUUUGUUGU